AUGGAUUCAGCAGAACAACCAACAAUUAAAAGUGAGCAGAAAUCCAGAAAAUUCUUAAAAAGUCUAAUAAGAAAGCAGCCUCCGGACCUUCUUCUUGUGAUUGGAACUGGAGUAAGUGCUGCAGUAGCACCAGGAAUCCCAGCGCUGUGCUCCUGGAGAAGCUGCAUUGAGGCUGUAAUUGAAGCAGCUGAAGAGCUGGAGGUGCUUCAUCCAGGUGAUGCUGCUGAAUUUCGCAAAAAAGUAGCCAAAGAUAGAGACCUGCUUGUGGUUGCACAUGAUCUCAUCAGGAAAAUGUCACCACGUACUGGGGAUACGAAGCCCAACUUCUUCCAGGAUUGCAUAAUGGAGGUGUUUGAUAAUUUAGAACAACACAUUCAGAAUCCUGUUGUUCUGCAAUCAAUCCUGAGACUCAUGGAGAGAGGCACAAUGGUUCUGACUACAAACUAUGAUAAUUUACUUGAAAUAUUUGGUCAGCAACAGGGUAAACCUAUGGAAUCUUUAGACUUGAAAGAUAAGGAUAAGGUUCUUCAGUGGGCAAGAGGUUAUAUAAGAUACGGAGUUCUUCAUAUUCAUGGCUUAUAUACAGAUCCUUGUGGAAUGGUGUUAGAGCCCUCAGAAUAUAAAGAUGUUACUCAAGAUCCUGAAGUCAUGGAAGUUCUUCAAAAUUUGUAUCGAACCAAGUCGUUUUUGUUUUUGGGCUGUGGAGAGACCCUGCGUGAUCAGAUAUUCCAAGCUCUUUUUCUUUAUACUCUAAAGAACAAAAUGGAUUUAGAACAUUAUAUGUUGGUGCUUAAAGAAAAUGAAGACCACUUUUUUAAGCUCCGGGCAGAUAUGCUCCUGCAUGGAAUAAAAGUAGUGUCUUACGGGGACAGCUUUGGACAAUUCCCAGAGUAUGUGCAAGAUCUGACUGCUCAAAUCUGCAAGCAGAGAAGUCCAGAUGCUGAUUGAGUGCACAGCACAACACUGUUGGGAACCUCAUGUGUGGACUGUGCUAAAAGGAUUUUAGGAGGAAAUGGUGCUGGCUCUCCUAAAAGGAUCAAAUCAGCAGCUUUUUAA